UCGAAGUUGAAACCCAUGGCUUCCUCUUCUUUUUCUUCCCGUUCUUCUUGUACUCGUAAAUAUGUAGUUACUCUUUUGUUAGUGUUUUCGACAAAUAUUCAGAAAAUAACGAACUGCAAUGCAUUCCAAACUUUUGGAUUUGAAAUGCAUCACAGAUAUUCUGAUCAAGUUAAAAGUAUUAUGGGUGGUGAUAAUUUACCGGAAAAAGGUAGUCUCCAAUACUACACAGCUAUGGUUCAUCGUGACAAAGUUUUCCGUGGCCGUGCUCUUGCUGAAAAUAAUGAGGACAAUUCAAAGUUGCUCACCUUUUCUGAAGGCAACCAGAGUUUCUAUCUUCCUCUACUUGGAUACUUACACUAUGCUUAUGUUACGCUGGGGAUACCAAGUUUGUCAUUCUUGGUCGCACUUGAUACCGGAAGUGACUUGUUUUGGGUGCCAUGUGACUGUACUAGCUGCGUUCGGAACCUUGUGACAAGUUAUGGAGCUUAUGAAUUGAAUUUCAAAAUAUACAGUAGUAACUCAUCAGCAACGAGUAAAGCUGUUCCCUGCAACAAUAGUUUAUGUGAGCUCCAAAGAGAAUGCAGCGAAUCAUCCGGUCAAUGCCCUUAUCGAGUUGAAUAUAGAGAAAAUACUUCUUCUUCUGGAGUUUUGGUGGAGGAUGUCUUGCAUUUGAUAAUAGAAGAUCAUGAGCAAAAAGACAUAGAUGCCAGGAUAACAUUUGGUUGUCAGAGUAAUUCAGUUUUAAGCACUGGAGCUCCCAAUGGGUUAUUUGGACUUGGUAUGGGGAACACAUCCGUGCCUAGCAUUUUGUCAACCAAAGGCUUAAUUGCAAAUUCUUUUUCCAUGUGUUUUGGAUUCGAUGGAGUUGGAAGAAUCAACUUUGGGGACAAAGGAAGCUCGGACCAAGAUGAAACUCCAUUCAAUCUCACACAAACACAUUAUGAAGUUAGUGUGACUAAACUGAGUGUGGGGAGAAAUCUAAGUGACUUGCGUUUUAGUGCAAUAUUUGACUCUGGUUCAUCAGUCACGCAUUUGAAUGAUCCAGCAUACACGGCUAUAUGCGAGGGGUUUGACGCACAGGCUUUACACAAACGGAUUCCUUCUGAUCCUGGAAAUCCUUUUGAAUAUUGUUACGAAGUUAGGUUGAAUUCAGCUGAAUUAUUUCUACCAAACGUGACUUUAAUCAUGGAAGGAGGAAGCCAGUUCAACAUUUAUGAUGCAAUAGCUCUAACUAGCAAUGGGACUGCUACCAUAUAUUGCUUGGCUGUUGUCAAGAGUCCAGAUGUAAAUAUCAUUGGUCAGAAUUUUAUGACUGGUUAUCGUAUUGUCUUCAAUCGGGAACAAAUGGUGUUAGGCUGGAAGCCAUUUAACUGUUACGAAAUUGUUGAUCCAAGUACUGAGCAAAAAAUUCCUCAAAUUACAAAAGAGUCACCCACGACAGCAAAUGUUCAACGUUCACGGCGGAACUCCUAGGAACGGUUUGAAUUCUGCGGCUCCACAGUUUUCAGCUGGCAAACCACAAAUUUUAUACCUCAUGGCAUCAUCACUUUUGAUGCUAUUUCUUCUCAUUUUGCAAAUUGUUUGAUUUUUUUUUUUUGUUGCACAAUAUAAGAUGAAAUAAAAUUACCAUCUCAUUAGCUAUUAGAUGUUAAUCCACCUACCUUAACAGUCUUCGGAUUAUUUGUUGAGAUAGAAGAAUUUGUGCAAUAUGAUAUAAGUACAUCCGUGUCCUGAUAUCGGUUUUGAGUAACUAAUUAGCUUGGAGUGUUCUCCUAGACCUCCAAAUUUCACUUUAUAAAAGAGUCGAGUUAGUUUUUUUUCAUAACUUUUUUUGGUAUAAUAAUGAAAAUAAAGUUACAAAAUGUAAAUUAAAUUGAAGAAUUUACAAGAACUUUUGAACUUAACGCAAGUAAAUUUACAAGUAUGUAAACUAAA